CUCGUCAAGUUCUACGCUCCUUGGUGCAAACACUGCAAGAAGAUGGCUCCCGAGUACGAGCGCGUCGCCGCUAAAUACAACGGUGCUGGAGGGCAGAAAGGCGUCUCCAUUGCUCAGGUGGACGGCGUCGCAGAAGAGAAGCUGCUUCGGCGGUACGACAUCUCUGGCUACCCGACAGUCCUGCUCUUCAGAGACGGGCAGCGACUGGCCACCUUUGGCUCCGCGCGCACGUAUGACGCCUUUGUCGCUUUCAUAGAGGAG